AUGAGCUUUCUGACUAUCAUAUUGCUCAUCCCCUUGACUAUCGCAAUGGAGGUUGUUAGUGGGCACAGAGUUUGUUUUCAGGAAUUCAAAAUAUUGAAUCCGCUUAAACUACAUGCUAAACCUCCAUCUAAAUCGCAAUCAUCCCUGGAAUCUAUCCUCUUCAAGGAAGUACCCCUACACAACUAUCGCAACAUAGGCAUCAUGGCACAUAUUGAUGCUGGAAAAACCACAACCACUGAGAGAAUUUUAUAUUUUACUGGAGUAUCUUAUCGCAUCGGCGAAGUGCAUCACGAGGCUAUUAUGGACUACAUGGAACAGGAAAGGGAAAGAGGAAUAACUAUCACCGCCGCAGCCACAACUUGUUUUUGGUCUGGAGGCUACGAUAAAUUGGAUACACAUCGCAUUAAUAUUAUCGACACGCCAGGACACGUGGACUUUACUGCUGAGGUUGAAAGGUCAUUGAGAGUAUUGGAUGGGGCCGUGGCUGUGUUUGACGGUGUUGCCGGUGUUGAGCCCCAAUCAGAGACCGUGUGGCAUCAGGCAAACAAGUACCAAAUCCCUCGCAUAGCAUAUGUGAACAAAAUGGAUCGACCUGGUGCCGAUUUUUACCGUUGCGUAGAAGAAAUUAAGCGCAUGCUUGGUGCAACACCUGCUGUUUUGUAUCUACCAUACUACAAAGACCAGGAGUUUCAUGGAGUGAUAAACGUACUAAAGAAAGUUUACUACACUUUUGACGAAGCAAAAAAGGGGAUACAGUACAAGUCCAACCCAGUGCCGGAUGAUAUAGCAGAUAUUGUUGAGAAGUAUAGAGUCAAUCUAUAUGAACAAGCGGCUCAAGCCAAUGUCGAAUUACUAGACAAAUUCCUUAGCGAUCAAAUGAAUGAACAAGACGUUCACCAGGGGAUACGCCUUUUGACAAUUGAAAACCGUCUCGUUCCUAUAUGCUGCGGCAGUUCUCUUAAGAAUAAGAAUAUCCAAGGCGUAUUAGAUAUGAUCGCACAAUAUUUGCCAAAUCCCACGGAAAGCGGUUAUGAACGCAAAUCUCUGUCCAGUCCUACCUCAAUUGCUGAAGAUAAUGAUACAUGUGGCAAUGAGUAUGAAAACCUACCACCAUUGGACUACAAGCAUCCCAUAGCUUUAGUGUUCAAGAUAAGUAGCGAUAGUCAGCUUGGAACCCAAUCCUACAUAAGAGUUUACAGGGGCGAAAUACGCGUAGGUGAUGUACUAUACAAUUCCAACACCAAGAAAUCUGAAAAGGUACAAAAACUACAAUUUAUUCACUCCAACAAACGUGUUGACGUCAAAAUGGUAAAGAUGGGGGAUAUAGCUGCGCUCACUGGCAUUAAAACUGUAACAACAGGAGACACUUUGUGUUCGCCAAAGAAACAUACGACUCUGGAACGUAUAAAAUUUCCCAUACCAGUAAUAAGCAAAAGUAUAGUGGCAAAGAAUAAGGGGGAUCACGACAAGUUAGGUUUAGUGCUCCGCAAAUUUGUAGAUACUGAUCCCUGCCUAAAGAUUCAUCAUGAUAUAGAAACGGAUGAAACAAUAAUUAGUGGAAUGGGGGAACUCCAUUUGGAAAUUAUAGCAGACAGGAUACGGAGAGAGCACGGCAUUGAGACAAUAACUGGGGCCCCUCAAGUUGCAUAUAGGGAAACUUUUUUGGAAUCAGCACGUGUUGAGGGGAAGUAUAUUAAGCAGACUGGAGGUCAUGGCCAGUAUGGGCACGUAUGGAUUGAAGUUAAACCGACAGAAAGAGGAGCGGGGAUAAUUUUUACGAACAAUAUAAGUUGCGGUGCAAUACCAAAAGUCUAUAUCCCAGCCAUUGAGGUUGGAGCUCGUGACCAAUUGGCCACAGGCUUGAAGGCUGGAUAUCCAAUAACAGACGUAGAAGUUAUACUCUGGGAUGGCAGCUAUCAUGAUGUCGAUAGUUCGGAUCUUGCCUUUCAAAUGGCUGCAGCCAAUGCCAUUAGGGAGGCUGGCAAAUUGGCCAGGUUAGAUAUACUUGAGCCAAUAAUGAAGGUCAAUAUCACUUGCCCUACCCAGUACUUUGGCUCAGUAAUGGACGACUUUAUGAAGAGGCGAGGAAAAAUCAAGGGGACUAGCCAAGGAGUUGGAGACACUAAAAAUAUUGUAGGAGAGGCGCCAUUAGCAGAGCUCACCAAUUAUACAACUAGACUCAGAUCUGUGUCUCAAGGCCGAGGUCACUAUAACAUGGAAUUAUCUAAAUAUGAUUUUUUGCCACCGCAAUUAUCACAAUCGCUAGAUAAAGUGCCACGUCAUAAUAAGUGA